CCAUCUCCCUCCCAAAUUCACCUUAAACCCUAUUCUUCUGCACACUCUCACCUCUCUACAUCUACUCUACUCUUCCACCUCCGGUGCCGCAUUUUAGCUUCCGAUUUUCUUCAAUCAGAGGCGGCGGCGGCGGGAAUGGCGACCAGUAACCACUGGCGAAUGGCCGGUAUGGAGGUCCCGCUGCUCAGCACUGACUCAAUCGAAUGGCGUCAACUCUCCGUUCCUUCCACAUCUACAUAUACGCCCAACAACGACAACUCUAUUGCCAAAGACUUCGCCUCUUCCUGCGCCGUUGGAAAUCCUCCUUCCUAUUUCAUCUGGAAAACCAGUAGGAGUAAGGCACACGUGCUGGAGAUUCUACAACUUAAAGAUACACCAACUAUAGGGCUGCGCCUUGUAUUUCCUGAUUCUCUUUUUCCGUUUGCUUUCAUCUGCAAAUCACGCGAGACCAAUGUUGCUUCUGGAGAUUGUUUGGUGCUCUAUGCUUUGACGAUCUCAGGAGUUGCUUACGCCAUCAGAUUGAAGAGCAAUUUUGACUAUGGAACUUCUUCUUUUGUCCCCGCUAGUGAGGUUCUCGAAUAUAAUAUACACGUCCAACCUCAUAGCGGGACAAUAACCGCUGUUGCAGCAUCAGAAGGAUGCUUGCUCAUCGGAAGGAGUGAUGGAUCUAUUAGCUGCUUUCAGCUUGGCAUACUUGAUCCCAGUACUCCAGGCUUUGUGUCUGAAUUGCGAGACGAUGCUGGAUUUGGUCGGUUGUGGGGCAUAUUGUCAAGGAGCCCUAACUUGGCUGCUGUAGUGGAUUUAGUGGUUUCAGAGGUAAACCAGAGAAAGCUUCUCUUUGUGCUUCAUUCCGAUGGUAGUUUUCGGGUAUGGGACCUUCUUAGCCGCAGUAAACUUUUCAGUCAUGCCAUGCCAGUUCCAGCAAGUACAGGUGCAUUUGUUAGGUUGUGGGUGGGCGAAGCGAAUAUAGUCACAUGGGUAAUCCCUUUGGCAAUGCUUCACGGACAAAAUUUGGAAGUUGCAACAGAAACAAUCUAUCUAUAUGGACUUCGUCUUAAUGUGGGAGAAAGGGCACGAUUGUCAUUGGAGCCUUCAUCAAGAAGAAUCUCCUUAGGAGAGGUUGGACCAAUUGAUGUUAAACUUACUUCGGACAAAGUGUGGAUUCUCAAGGAAGAUGGCUUCAUAAUGCAAGAAUUACAUAGUAAUGACUCCACCGAGGGGUUAGCCCAUUGCUAUGCAUUGCAAGAAAAUUUGGUUGCUGACCUGCUAUUUCAGAGUUCUAAACAUUCUUCAGAUGAUCUUCUUUGGCUGGCCUAUUCAGCAUUUUCUUCAGCAGAGGAGGAAAUCGCACCAUUUCUAUCUUCUGUGUUUUUCCAUGCAUUGCUUUCUCCUGGGGUUCAUUGCAAUGCUGUUAUCAGACAAACUUUAGUAGAUUACCAGAAGCACUUCACUGAUUCUGAGUUUGGUUCAUUCACUGUUGAAGGUCUGAAGAGUGAGAUUUUGUCAUUGAUCGAACAUCAGGGUGGAAGUGACAGUCCAGUUUCCAUUCUUCAAUUUUGGAAAGCUUUCUGUGCCCGCUAUGUAAAUAAUUGGUGUAAAUACAAUGCAGCAUAUGGUUUGGUCAUGGAUCCAUCCACAGGUGCUUUUGUUAUAGUUAGGAACUAUACAAUCUCUCUAUGCCGUGGCUUGGAGGAUGUGGAGCAUAUCAUAUAUGAUUCUUUUGAGAACCAGAAAAAGUAUAUAGGCUGUGAGCUGGAUGAUUUGGGUGAUGAGUUGGAAAGAAAUAUUCUCUUUGAGUUUCUACAAUGUGUUCAAAAUGUGAGCCAGCAGUUGGGAAAAGCGUCAUCAACUAUUUUUUGUGAAUCACUUCUUAGAACACCUCAUAUAUCUUUCGAGGAGGUUGUUACCCGUCUUCUAAAGAUUCUAGAAACUGGAUACAGCUCUUCAACUGCAGCAAUUCUAAUACCAGAACUUGGAGGUGAUGCUGCCCUGGAAAAAGAAUUGUCAAAUCACAGAAACCUAAGAAAAUUCUCCACAAAUAUGUUUUUGUCCUUUCAUGAAUUGUGCCAUAAAGCUAACUCAUGGAAAAAGGUUUUAGACGUGGUUGAGAGCUACUUAAAGUUUUUAGUGCCUCAUAAAAUUGUACUUAAAUCGGAUGAAGCUGGACCAUUCCAUAUAAAUGGUUCUGCAAUAGUGCACUCCACGUCCCAAAUCGCUAAAGUGAUGUUUGAUUCCGGGUUGGAUAUUUGUAUGCUGCUAAGCUAUAUGACUAGCAUCAGUGGGCAGCUUAAAAUGUCAUAUGAUGACGUUUCACGGAUUAAAGUAGAGUUAAUACCAAUGAUUCAAGAAAUUACGACAGAAUGGCAUAUUAUCCAUUACUUGGGUACCACACCAUGUGAAUCACAUUCACCGGCAAUUGAAGAUUUCAGUCAUAAACUUUCAUCCUUACAAAUUGAUUGCAGUGGGGAUAAAAGAUUGUGGAAUGCGAAGCUUGGGAAUUUUGAAUUUUCAUUGGCACAUAUCCUACUAUUGAGCAUGCAAGGUUCCUCCGGAGAAUUUGGAAAGCUCUUUUUCAGUCAACUUCCAAAUCCUAUCAGCUUGGUUACUUUAAGUAGGGGGCUUAUCAGCUGGAUAAUUUGGGGAAGAAGUGGCAAAGAAUCUUCUGUAUUUUUCAGCAAUUCAACUGAACUUGCACUGAUAUUACUUAUGAACAAUCAGUAUAGUGCUACUGAGUAUUUACUCACUUUGGUGGAUGCGUAUUCACGCAAGGAGAAAAGUUUUGGAAGUCUUCAAGCUAUGGAUGGCAAAUUGGCUUUGCUGUCCCAUCUUCUUGGAUGUUGUCUAGUUGUUCAGACACAAUAUGGACUGCAUGGACCAGUUAAGGAUAGAAAAAUUGCAGAAGCGCUUCCCUGCUUUUUCAGAGCUGCAUCAAUAGAAAGAUCUUCAGAGGCUAUACAAAGUCUGCCACCUGAAGCAGGAUGGUUCAAAGUUGAUUUCAGCAGUUCCCCCUCAACUGCAGCAUGGAAGCUUCACUAUUAUCAAUGGGUGAUGCAGCUCUUUGAACAAUAUAAUUUGAGUGAAGCUGCUUGCCAAUUUGCUCUGGCCGCACUUGAGCAAGUUGAUGAAUCUCUUGGCACUGAGGGUAGCACCUAUAAUGGGAACCUUGGUGAAUCAGUGACUACUGUAAAGGGGAGACUUUGGGCUAAUGUUUUUAAAUUGACGUUGGAUCUCAAUAACUACCAUGAUGCAUAUUGUGCUAUAAUUUCAAAUCCAGAUGAGGAAAGCAAGAUCAUCUGUUUGAGGCGUUUCGUUAUAGUUCUUUAUGAGCGUGGUGCUAUAAAGAUACUGUGUAAUGGCCAGUUGCCACUGAUUGGUUUAGUGGAGAAAGUAGAGCGAGAGCUUGCCUGGAAGGCAGCGCGUUCUGAUAUCUCAGCAAAGCCAAACCCUUUCAAAUUACUUUAUGCAUUUGAGGUGCAUAGGCAUAACUGGCGAAGAGCCGCAAGUUACAUUUACCGUUAUUCUGUGCGUUUGAGAGCCGAUGCAGCAGUAAAAGAUCAUCAACUAAGGUCUUUUACUCUGCAAGAGAGGGUGAAUGGGCUUGCUGCUGCUAUCAACGCCCUCCAACUUGUUCAUCCAUCAUAUGCUUGGAUUGAUGCCCCUGUGGAUGACAUCUCUUAUGAUAAAGAAAUCUAUCCUAAUAAAAAGGCUAGAAUAACCAUGCCAGAACAAUCUCUCACUGGUGAUUCUCUUCCUCAAAAGCUUCCAUCUUAUUUGGAUAUUGAGAAACUUGAAAAGGAGUUUGUCCUAGCAUCGGCAGAAUACCUGCUUUCUUUGGCAAACAUCAAGUGGAGCUUUACUGGAACUGAUAAAUCAUCGGCUGACCUUAUUGAUCUUUUGGUUGAAUCAAGCUCAUAUGACAUGGCGUUUACGGUGAUCCUCAAAUUCUGGAAGGGUUCUGGUCUUAAAAGGGAACUUGAAAGGGUAUUUAUCACAAUGGCACUGAAAUGCUGCCCAAGCAGGCUAGGCGCCUCAUUGCCUGGUAAAGAUCGUAAACAAUAUGGUUUGCUGUUGACUUCAUCAGAAGAUGAGCCUGUACAUGACUCGCUUGAUGCAGCUGCGGCAUCACAACAAUUUGUCGGAAGUAGCCACUGGGGAACACUGGAACACUAUCUUGAUAAGUACAGGGCAUCUCAUCCCAGAUUGCCAUUAAUUGUUGCUGGAACUCUACUUUCAGCUGAUUCCCAAAUUGACUUACCACUAUGGCUGGUCCGACAUUUUAAGGGUGAUCGUAGUGAAAGUGGUUUUGGCAUGGCUGGAAAUGAAUCAAAUCCAGCAUCCCUAUUUCGCCUGUAUGUUGAUCACGGAAGACAUACAGAGGCUACCAAUUUGCUGAUUGAAUACAUGGAAAACUUGGCAUCUAUUCGACCAGCUGAUAUUAUCCAUCGUAAAAAGCCUUUUGCUGUUUGGUUUCCAUAUACUUAUGUGGAACGCCUAUGGGGCAUGUUGGAGGAGUCAAUACAAAUGGGCCACAGAAGCGACCAGUGUGAAAAGCUGAAAAAAUUAUUACAUGGGGCUUUAUCAAGCCAUCUAAAUCUCCUGAAAGUGGAGUCGGAUGAUGUUAAAUCUUGUUCAAGCUAGUGCUAGAUCGUGUAAAACUUUUGGUCUUACCACAGUAUCUUGCUCUUCCAACUUCUAAGCUCCAAAUACUCAGGUUGGUAACAAAAAAUUUCAAAGCGAGAUCUACUUAUCGGCCUAUUUCUGGUGGUUUGCCCUGCUUAUAAAAUAUGCAUCUUUUUCAUGUUCCUCAGUGCUGCCCAAGUGGGAAAAGAUUAGUCGUAUCAUUAUGCUCAAAGCGAUUUCAGAUUAGUCGUAUCAUUAUGUAAACUCCGAAACUGUAUAUACAUCUUUUUUUUUUUUGUAUUGAUGAAAUGCAUCUGGCCGAAAUAUCUCUUCUUUCUCCCAAAUUACAACAUUUCUUGGAAUGUUGCGUUGCUAAUAUAUGUGGAGUAUUAUUUUGUAGUCUA